AUGUGGUCUCCGAUCUACCUAGUGUUUGCUCUGUGUUCUGAAGUUCGUGCUGUGUGGCCGGCGCCUCAAUCAUUCACGAGUGGGAACUCGGUUUUGUGGAUAGAACGAGAUGUUAGAGUCACUUAUAAUGGUGAAAGUGUAUGGUGGAAUUCCUUUCUUGAUGCCUCUAAUAGCCAAACCGAGCAGAAGGUGUUGGGUUCACAGAACUCCCAAGCACCCGGGCACGGCGCCUUCACCAGUUCCUCAGUAGUGCAAUCAGCAGUAUCCCGGGCCCUCCAGACUAUAUUCACGCAAAGUCUGGUUCCUUGGAAAUUGGUAGCACGCAACGAACUUGCAAAAUUCGAGCCACUGGCAAAUGGAGUUCGCAAUUUCAUCAGCUGUCUCAAUAUUACCCAGACCGGCACCGAUACCACUUUCAAACCCUUAGCUGGUGAGGUCGAUGAGUCUUACAACUUAUCCAUUUCCGAACAGGGGAUAGCAGAGAUCUCCGCAGUCUCGUCAUAUGGAGUGCUCCAUGGCCUGCAAACCUUCGUUCAGCUGUUCUAUCAGCAUUCCACCAAUCGCGGUAUCUAUACCAACAUGGCCCCCGUUUCGAUCAUCGAUGGCCCAAAAUUCCAACAUCGAGGAUUGAACAUGGAUGUGUCAAGAAAUUGGUAUCCGAAAGCAGAUAUUCUGAGAACCAUCGAUGCGCUCUCUUGGAAUAAGUUUAAUCGUCUUCACUUGCACAUGACCGAUUCCCAGUCUUGGCCGAUGGAUAUCCCUGCCCUACCUUUACUGGCACAAAAGGGGGCGUAUCAAAUCGGGCUCUCUUACAGUCCAGCAGAUAUUGAAGAAAUCCAGACUUACGCAGUUCAACGUGGUGUUGAAGUCAUCAUUGAAUUCGACAUGCCUGGACACACAACUGCUAUUGGUCUUGGCUAUCCAGAGCUCAUCGCAGCAUUCGACGCGCAUCCUUGGAGAACUUAUUGUGCCGAACCUCCUUGCGGGACAUUGCAGCUUAAUAAUAGUGCAACCGCGCCCUUCAUGGAGACCCUAUUCGGCGACGUCCUGCCAAGGAUUGCACCUUACUCCUCAUACUUCCACACGGGAGGAGAUGAGGUGAACGCCCAGGCCUAUCUACUGGACCCCACAGUCAGAUCCAAUGACAAGACAGUCAUAGGUCACUUGAUUCAAAAAUUGGUUGAUCGUAACCACGCUCAGAUCCGUGCAGCUGGGCUCGCACCUAUCGUCUGGGAAGAGAUGCUCCUGGAUUGGAAUCUCACUCUCGGGGAGGAUGUUAUUGUUCAGACCUGGCUUAGUGAUGCCUCGGUCGCCUCGGUCACAGCUGCUGGACACAAGGCGCUGGCUGGCAACUACAAUUUCUGGUAUUUGGAUUGCGGCAAAGGCGAGUGGCUUAACUUUGGUAACGGAGCCUCGUUUCAGGAGAACUACCCUUUCUUGGAUUACUGCUCACCAACGAAGAAUUGGCGUUUGAUCUACUCAUAUGACCCCCUUGGCGGCGUGCCUGUAGCUCAGCACCAUCUAGUACUGGGAGGUGAGGUCCAUAUCUGGUCUGAGCAGACCGACCCGGUCAACUUUGAUGGUGUGGUUUGGCCCAGAGCGAGUGCUGCAGGCGAAGUUCUAUGGUCAGGACGACAGGAUGCUAGGGGACAAAACAGGAGCCAGCUUACAGCCGCCCCCAGACUGGCGGAGAUGCGGGAGCGCAUGGUGAAUAGGGAGGUUCGUGCCGGACCAGUGCAGAUGGUCUUCUGCACCCAACACAAUGCAACAGAGUGUUCUGUAUAG